GGCAUCGUGCUCAUGGGAGACUCUUCCGGGUUGUCUUUGACCAGGUGAGAGUUCACGGGGCAUGCAGAGGUCGUGUUGUGCUUUUAGCUCGUAUUUUUUUAGCUAGCUGGGACUCGUAAUGUGAUGGCUUUCCUGAGUUUGUUCAUGAGAAGGCAGUUGCCGCCGGCCGUGUCUCACUUCGCCCGGACAGUGAAGCUGGUUCGGCCUCCCAGCGCCGGAGCUCCGCUGAGGAGGCUGCACGGCUCGUCGCGGCUGCGGUUCGUAGAGACUGGACCGUGGGGGAAAAGCCGGGGGCCGGAGCAGCAGUACCAGCUCACAGACCUCGACAAGGCGGACGCUUUGAUGUUGAGAAAAUCCCACGAGACAGGAUUCCUCUCGUGGUUCAGGAACGGUCUGUUGGCGACUGGGAUCGGAGUCAUCGCAUUUGUCCAGAGUGAAGUGGGACGAGAAGCAGGAUAUGCCUUCUUUAUCCUGGGAGGUGUGUGUGUGUCGUUUGGCGGUGCCUCGUACAUUGGCAGCCUUUUUGCCUUGCGGAGGAUGAUGCUGCUGUCUGUGCCAGCACUGCUGCUCCAAAGCGCCGUGGUGGGCAGCGUCGCCCUCUUCUGGCUCUGCGCGGUAUCUCUCUACAUCGGCCGCCUGGAGGUGGAAAUCAUCCACGAGGACGAGGAGGGAGAGGAUGAGGAAGAGUGCCGGGAGUGCCGCGAGAGGCGUGAACACCGGGGUUACAGUGGCUCCCAUGACAGCAGACAUCAUGACAGUGAGGACAAUGACAGCAAGGGGCCGAAUAAGUAGACAUCUUGGAUGGAGAGUGGAGAGGGUGUGUGUGUGUUGCUUUGAUUCAGGGUUUCCCCUUGUGUGUAUGUGUGCGUGCGUGUGUUUGUAUGAUUGAUGUAAAGAUUAUUGUUAAGGUGAAAGAAUUUUAGACCUUUUGGUAAUUUGACUACGUUCACUUCUGGUGAAUAAAUUUGCUUUUUUGUAAGAUUUCUUAUUAUCAGAUAUAUUCAAAGCUGCUUCACUUACAUUAUCAAUUUGUCUGAAAAUUGUAUUUUUUAUUAUUAUUAAUAUUUACAUCCUCACAUACACAGCCACACGGCAGAGUCUCACUGAGAACAGCAUCAAUUUUACUUUUCACUGCACUGUAUGCAAUCAUUUUUAGGCCAUUCAUUGGCUUUUCUCAGCCAACUGUUGUUGGAUGCUGUUUGUCAUCAGUUGUCAACUGAGUUGAGUUGUCAACACAAUUAACUGUGAUUGACUACUUGAAGUUUUCAUUAAAGUCUUGAAAUAAUAGAAGCUGUUUGUGAUAUAUUUGAUCUAGAAAGAAUUGACAUACUAUGUGCAUGUUUCAGGGCUGUCUUUUUUUUUUUAUUGCAAAUAAACGAGGGCUUAGAAUAUAUUUUUUACAGAGGUUUAAGUUACCCUGUGAAGUAUUUUUUUUAAAUUGUGUUUUCUAAGGACAAUAGCACUUUUGUUAGUUCUUGUUUGUCAUUAACGCUAGACUUUUGUAAACAAAGAUUAGCUUUUUCUGCGGUUAUAAAUUUUGCUUGGUAUUGUUGAUAUACAUGUACAGUACCUAAAUGUAACCAUAAACCAUUUUACCUUUUGAGUGAAUUUCAAACCAUCUGGUGAUCACUAUAAUUGCUGUCUUAAUGGAUGUAAAGAAUAGUUAAUAGUAUGGAAAAGUUGAUGAUAUUGAGUAUGUGGAAAUGGGGUUCACUAUUGUUUACUUUUGUUUGUGUGUGCACCACUUCCAAUGCACCUUACUGUACAUACAGUAAUAAAGAGAGAAGAAAUCUGUCCAAA